AUGGCCGAUUAUUCAAACCAAGAAUCCGACCAAGAGUUCGGCCAGAGCCAGCCAGCCCCCGAACAAGCCUCCAACCAAAACGACUCCGACACAGAAGACAUCCAGCGUCCCGAGAUGGAGCGCGAGCCCGAGCAGCCCAAACAACGCAGACGCCCAGCCCGUCAACAGCGUCGCCCGCGUAAGCAGCAGCAAUCAGAUGGCCCUCUCGGUGGCCUCGGCGGCGUCGACCAGGCCGGCGACCUGGUACAGAACACAGCAGGCAAUGCAGUGAACGGGGUCACGGGGAGCGCGGGCAAGGCCGUUGGAGGCGUUCUCGGUGGAGGCAAGAGCGAGGGAGAAGGGAAAGAGGGCAAGGGCAGUGAUGAGCAAUUGAGACUGCGGCUGGACAUCAAUCUGGAUAUUGAGGUGCAGCUGAAGGCCAAGAUCCAUGGUGACUUGACGCUUGGAUUAUUGAAUUAG